AUACUAUUCUAAUUAGGAAGAGGAUACAACCUUAUCCAGGAAAACCUUAUCCCCGAGCUCGCGCAGAAAACGCACUCCAGCAGGAGCAGCCCCAGCCAGAUUUGCCGAUCGAUUCCGAGUAUGGGUACCCGUGCCCGAACUGGUGGUGAUCGCCUAAGAACGGUCUGGACCCCUGAAAUGGAUCGAUAUUUCAUUGAUCUCAUGUUAGAGCAAGUUGGCAAAGGAAAUAAAUUUGAUGAUCAUUUAUUUAGCAAGCGUGCCUGGAAGCAUAUGGCAUCCUUGUUCAAUGCAAAAUUCAACUUCCCCUAUGAAAAAGAUGUUCUGAAAAAUCGGCACAAAACACUAAGGAAUUUGUACAGCGUAAAAAUUCUCCUUCAUCAGAGGGGAUUCAGUUGGGAUGAAACGCGACAAAUGGUGACUGCUGAUAAUAAUGCCUGGGAUGGAUAUAUUAAGGUACACCCAGAUGCACGGUCAUUCAGAAUAAAAACCAUCCCUUAUUAUCGUGAUUUGUGUUUGAUAUAUGGCGAUGCAGCAUUCGAAGAGAAAGGUGAUAAUGUUCCUGAGGAGUCAUCACAUUCAAGCGAGACUGGUAAAACAGCAGCCACACAGCCGACGAACGUUAAUCAGGACAAAGCAGAGGCUCUUCGUGAUAUCAUUGUUGGUGAGGAUUAUGGAGUCGCUAUCUCGGAAAAAUGUUUUGAUGUUAGCCAGCAUGCUAUUACAAGUGUUCCUGAAAUCACAGCUAGUAAUCGCUCCAGAACUUACUGGCAGCCGCCCAUGGACUGUUAUUUCAUUGACCUUUUGCAAGAACAGGUGCGGAAAGGCAGCAGGGUUGAUGGUGUGUUUCGUAAACAAGCUUGGAAGGAGAUGAUAGCAUUAUUCAAUGCUAAGUUUGGCUUUAAUUAUGAUAUGGAUGUUCUUAAAAAUCGGCACAAAACUCUGAAAAGGCAAUAUAAUGUUAUAAAGAAUCUACUUGAAUUAGAUGGCUUUUGUUGGGAUGAUAAGCGCCAUAUGGUGACAGCUGAUGAUUAUGUUUGGCAGGAUUAUAUUAAGGAACAUACUGAUGCAAGGCAGUUCAUGACCCGACCUGUCCCAUAUUAUAAAGAUUUAUGCAUGAUAUGUGAUCCAAGUCUUGAUGACAGAGACUGCUAUUCAGGUCAAGAUGUAGAGCAACAAAAUCAAGUUGAAGGCGCCAAGUUUUGUGGAGCAUUAACUAGUCUUCAGUCUGCAUCUACAUCAGUUUCCACUGAGGAUGAUGUUGUUGAGGUGCAGGAGUCGAGCCUUAUGUGCCAUAAGAAAAGGCGUCAACUAGAAAACUGCUCAAAUCAGGCUCAUCCAAAAAGAUCCCGAGAAGCAGAUGGUGGCAUGGCUAGUGCUCUUCGUGAGAUGGCAUCUGCUGUUUCGUUGCUGUCAGAUAAGAAGAGAAAUGAUGCGAACAUGAACUCUGGCUCAAUAGAAAGUGUGAUUGAAGCAAUACAAGCAUUACCAGACAUGGACGAAGACCUCGUGUUAGAUGCUUGUGAUUUGCUAGAGGAUGAAAAGAAGGCAAAAACAUUUAUGGCAUUGGGUGUUAAAUUACGAAAGAAGUGGUUAACGAGGAAACUUCGGCCGCAGUUGGCAACGUAGUAUAAUUUAGGCCCCAGUAACAUGCAAGUGGAAGGGAAGGUAACAUCAACUAUCUAUGUGCUCUGAAUCUGAUUCUGAUGGCAGUUUAGUUUAUGGGGCUGCGACUGAAGUAUCAGGUAUGGAGGAGCUUAAUAUGGGAAAUUUGAAAGAAUAUAUAUGGCAGCAAGUGAUUAGGUUACAGUGGCGUUUCUCAACUGAUAUGUACUAAAGCAAUUAGAUAUAAGCUGCUGAGUGCAAUAAGUUUGAAGCUGACGGCUGAUUUGAGUCAGAUAGACUAAUCCGUUUGCAUUUUACCAUAUAUGUAUAUAUGCUUCAAGCUUUUUGGAUUUUCAUCCAUCCAUGAUCCAGCCAUACAUUAGUAAGUAAUUUAGCACUUGGUGAAUGUAAGUCAAUCGCACGUCUUCGAUCGACGUAAGUCCAUGCUUCAAGCUUGUUCUGUCA